GCGCUAUCAAUCGCUAUCCCUUCCUCUCUUUCUCCCUUUUUUUUUCUUUUUUUUUUUUCCUCCGGGCCGCCCCGGCGGCUGCGUAGUGGCUGUGGGAUGGGAAGUGAAGUCCCAGCGAGUGGCUGCGGCUGGGCUGAGAACAGCAGCCAGGGGGAGGAGACAGCGGGGGCAGCAGCAGCAGAAGCUACAGCAGCAACACCAACAGCGGCGGCGGCAGCGGCAGCGUCUUGCCCGUGAGGAAGAGCAUUGCAAGAGCAUCAGCAGCAGCGGCGGCGCAGGAGAAGAAGGAGAGGAGGGGGAGAGGACAAGACUGGACAGGAUAGGGUCCGGCCCUCACCAUGGCCAUCCGCAAGAAAAGCACCAAGAACCCGCCGGUCCUAAGCCAUGAAUUCAUCCUGCAGAAUCACGCCGACAUCGUCUCCUGUGUGGCUAUGGUUUUCCUUGUGGGGCUUAUGUUCGAGAUUACAACAAAAGCAGCAGUUAUUUUUGUAACUCUUCAAUACAAUGUUACCAUUCCGGCCACAGAAGAGCGUGCAACUGAAACAGCCUCUUUUUAUUACUAUGGCAUCAAAGAUUUGGCUACAGUUUUCUUCUACAUGCUGGUAGCAAUAAUUAUUCAUGCCAUAAUUCAGGAAUACGUGUUAGAUAAAAUUAACAGGCGUAUGCAUUUCUCCAAAACAAAACACAGCAAGUUUAAUGAAUCUGGUCAACUUAGCGCAUUCUACCUUUUUUCUUGUAUUUGGGGCACAAGCAUUCUGGUGUCUGAGAACUUCAUCUCAGAUCCAGCUAUACUGUGGAAAUCCUACCCCCUUACCCUGAUGACAUUUCAAAUGAAGUUUUUCUACAUAUCACAGCUGGCUUACUGGUUUCAUGCUUUUCCCGAGCUCUACUUCCAGAAAACCAAAAAAGAAGAUAUUCCGCGACAGCUUGUCUACAUUGGACUUUACCUCUUUCACAUUGGUGGAGCUUAUCUUUUGAACUUAAACCAUCUGGGACUUGUUCUUUUGGUGCUGCAUUACUUUGUUGAGUUUCUGUUCCAUAUUUCCAGAUUGUUUUAUUUUAGUGAUGAAAAAUAUCAGAAAGGAUUUUCCUUGUGGGCAAUUCUAUUUGUUUUGGGAAGACUUCUGACUUUGAUUCUCUCUGUGUUAACUGUUGGCUUUGGCCUAGCAAGAGCAGAAAAUCAGAAGCUGGAUUUCAGUACUGGAAAUUUCAAUGUGUUACCUGUCAGAAUUGCUGUUCUUGCAUCUAUUUGCAUCACUCAGGCAUUUAUGAUGUGGAAGUUCAUUAAUUUCCAGCUUCGAAGGUGGAGGGAACAUUCUUCUUCUCAGCCUCAGACUGUGAAAAAGAAAUCUACAGUAACUAAAGGCAGGUCUUCCAGGAAAGAAAAAGAAAAUGGUGUAAAUGGAACAGUGACUUCUAAUGGAGCGGACUCCCCACGUAACAGGAAAGAGAAAUCUUCAUAACUGAGUUUUAUCAAACUAAAUGACUAAUGUCCCCAAAGAAAUCUGCUUUUUACUAUAAGGAAUUCUUCAGCACUAGACAUCAUUCUGAUCCUAAAAAUACAGUUCCUGCUCUUUGAUUCUUGCUAUUCCUGUAUGAUUUCACACAUCUUUUUUUUGAUGGGCAGUUUUGGGGGGAGGGCGAUUUCUGUGAGGGAGAGAAGCAUUUUGGCUUAGACUAAGCUACCUAUCUUCAGAAUAAUCAAGGGACCAUCACACCUUUUUCAUGGUUUUUUGUUUCGUUUUGUUUUUGUCUUUUUUAAACUUUUUAUAAUUGAAAAGUAAUUAGUUAUUUGAAUUAUACAUACUAAAGAUCAGUGAUUCAAUUUAGUGUUCCCACCUUUUUUUUUUUUUUU